AUGCUUCCUAUUAUCACUUAAAAGAAGAUCGAAGAAGCUAUUAAUUUCAUCAAUUCUAGACCUAAACCAUUGGUUCUAUAUUACUUUGGUACAAACAAAUUCCAUAAAAAUGCUAUCCUUGAAUCUACAUCCUCAGGAGGUGUUUGUGUUAAUGAUUGCAUCUUUCAUUUAAUUAAUUAAGAAUUGCCAUUUUGA